UAAAAAUUCAUCUAAUAAACUUAACCAUAUCACCAACCAGCUCUAAAUAGGGGCAGAGGGAGUAAUUUAAUCUGCGUAGAAAGGAACUUGAGGUUAACCAUGGUGUCUCCAUAAGGGGUCUGCCUCUGUUUAUAUCCUACAAAACCACUUCAAACUUAGCCUAGAAAGAACUUUCUUGGGUUUCCGUUCCUGUUUAGUCUUGAAUUAUUUUUUCUGGUAUAACCAGAUGGGUUUUUCCAGUCUUGUGAUCCAAGCAUAAAGUUGGAAUCUUGGUGAGAUUUUACCAGUUCUCUCCAGAAAUCAUGAACUGGGUUUUCCUUGAAAUGAAAGGAAGAAGCUUGCUUUCUCCAUCGGAGCAGCCACACUUGUUCACUCAGCCACCGCCGCAGAUUCUUCAAUCCGGUGGUUUCAAUUUGAAUGAGAAGGUUAGUCCAAGUCUAUUGCUCGCCAUUAUAAUUCUAGCCAUCAUUUUCUUUGUUUCUGGAUUGCUUCAUCUUUUGGUUAGAUUUUUUAUGAGACCUUCUAGAGAACCAGAAGAUUUCGAUAAUGUUACUGCUCUGCAAGGACGGUUGCAGCAACUAUUCCAUCUCCAUGAUUCUGGUGUUGACCAGUCCUUCAUAGAUACCCUCCCUGUUUUUCAAUACAAAGCCAUUAUAGGAUUGAAGAACCCACUUGAUUGUGCAGUCUGUUUGUGUGAAUUUGAGACUGAAGAUAAGCUUAGAUUACUCCCAAAAUGUAGCCAUGCUUUUCACAUGGAGUGCAUAGAUACUUGGCUUUUGUCUCACUCUACCUGCCCCUUGUGUAGAGCUUGUUUGCUCCCUGAUUUCUCUCCAAAUAAUAGCUGCUCACCCGUGGUUCUUGUUCUUGAUUCUGGAAGUGAGAGCUCAAGAGAGCUUCCUACAGAUAGAGAAAAUGGUCUUGGUAGGACCAAUUCAGUUAUGAGGACAAAUUCCCAUCUGGGUUUUGACAGUGACAGUGAAUUGGGAUCAUCAGCGCGCAUCAACUCUGCUCGUCAAUCAUGUGAACUUGGUGCAAAAGAUGAUGUUAGUACUGCAGUUGUGGUUGAUUCAGGGGAAAAGGUUGUGCCUGUUAAGCUAGGGAAGUUUAGGAAUGUUGAUGGUGGUGAAGGUAGCAGUAACAAUAGUGUGGAUGAUAGACGGUGUUACUCUAUGGGUUCCUUUGAGUAUGUAAUGGAUGAGAAUUCUUUGUUGCAAGUACCGAUAAGAACCCUGAUGAAGAAACAAUCAAACAAGAAGCCUUCCUUGCCAUUGACACCUGGUCACAGGUUAGCAAUGUCUGAAUGUGAUUGUGAAUCAAGAAGAGAAUUCAAUGGCCUUGAAGCCUUUAGAAAUGUCAAAACAAAUGGCAAUACUAGUACAGGAGAUCACAAUGGGAAGGCCAUGGGAAAGAUCAAAAAGGAAAGCUUCUCAAUAUCAAAAAUUUGGCUUCGUGGUAGGAAGGGGAAGGACAGAUUGUCGGACGAUUUGUCAAGGAGGGCUUUUUCAUCACGGUUUCCUGCUCAUGGAGAUGUUCCAGCUACUGCUGGUGAUGAUGGCAUGAAGAUGAAGAAUACGAUUGAUUAUUCCAGGAGUACCAUUUCUGAGAUAGAAUUUGGCAUCUCAGAAAAUGGAGUUAGUGAAAUAGGUUUCGAUGAGGAAGCUCAGAGCUACAACAGUCUGGAUGCACAACCUAAAACACCGUCUUUUGCAAGGAGAACUCUUCUCUGGCUAGUUGGUAGACAAAAUAAGGUUGUUCACUCAUCCUUUACACCCAAUUUCUAGCUUCGUUUAUUUGCAUAUUUAUUUUUAUUUCACUCUAGGAUUCUUUGUCCAGGAAAGCCCUCUUCAAUUCCUCCGUUGUAAAGGCAAAAUUGGGUGAUCUUGUAGUUUGAAAAACAAAAAGAAAAGCACGAGAGAACUAAGCACAUAAUUUACUAU